AUGUCUAACAUUAAUGGUGUACAUGGACAAAACGGUGCGAGUGGAUUGGUCGGUGGUGCUGGACAGUGCGGAGGUGAUACAAAUGAAGCUUACGGUAUCGGUGGAAAUGGUGGUCGUGGAGGGAGUGGACUGUGGAGUGGCGGUGAUGGGGGAAAUGGAGGGGAUGCUAGUGGAAUGAAUGGAGUGGGGGGAAAUGGUGGUGAUGGUGGAAAUGCUGGAAUGAUGCAGUGGAUAUCGAGAUUCAUGACUAGGGACGCUUGGACGGGCGACGGGGGAAAUGGUGGCAACGGUGGAAGCAGCAUGUUUGGCAAAGGCGGCAACGGGGGACGUGGAGGCUGGG